ACCCCGCCGCUCCCUUCCCGCCUCGGCGCCCGGGGGAGGGGCGUCUGCGGCCGCCGGCGGGCAGGGAAGGUGCUUCCGGAGGCGGGAGGUCACAGCGUGGAGCCGCGCGCCGCUGCCCGUUGCUGUGGUGGUAGCGGAGGAGCGGGAACGGGGGCGGCGGCGGCGGCGGGGAACGGGUCGCCGGCGGGGUCAUUCUGCGCGCGCGCCGAGGGGGAAGCCACCGCACCGCACCGCGCCGUCAUGUCGUACUGCCGGCAAGAAGGAAAAGACAGAAUUAUAUUUGCGACCAAAGAGGACCAUGAGACACCAAGCAGUGCUGAGCUGGUUGCAGAUGACCCUGAUGACCCUUACGAAGAACAAGGAUUGAUAUUGCCCAAUGGAGAUAUCAAUUGGAAUUGCCCAUGUCUUGGUGGAAUGGCUAGUGGUCCCUGUGGGGAACAGUUCAAGUCAGCAUUUUCUUGUUUCCACUAUAGCACAGAAGAAAUAAAGGGAUCAGACUGUGUGGACCAAUUCCGUGCCAUGCAGGAAUGCAUGCAGAAAUACCCAGAUCUUUACCCUCAAGAGGAUGAAGAAGAAGAGAAAGAGAAGCCAAGCAAAGAUUUAGAAGCUAAUCCUGUGGAAGCUUCUGUAGCCAAAGAGGAGAAGGGAUCUAGCUAAUGAAGAUGCAAGGAGGCUGUUGUCUCCACUUCCUUUUUUCAGGCAUGGACUUUUGCAGGGUGUCUGUCUUUGAGUCCUCAAUAAAUGUUUCACCAUUGUUCUAUACACUGUAUCAUAGUUCAUAAUUUAUUGCAGAAGGAGAAAUCUCAGUGCUACAGCCUUGCAAAUAAAUACUGCAAACAGAACCAGUAUGUGUAUGUACUGUGUAACCUGUUAGUGGAUACAGAGAAAACUUUAACAGCUGUUUUUUCCUUCCAAUUCUCAGCUAGUGUUUUGACUUGAAAAAUAUCUCUAAAUAUAUAAAAUAUACAACUUUCAACUAAAAUUUCCACUAGUGCACCAGGUCUGUCUUCAUUUCAAUGUGUUCUGGUUAGUAGCUGUUCUUUUUUUAAUGUAUUCUGUCCUGUGAAAAGAAACUGAAUUAAAUGACUGUUUUUCCUUAAGGCUUUUUUGCCAGAGUGAUUCAGAAUGUUGAAAAUGACCUAAUUUAGAAUUUGUAAACUAAUUUCAAAUGGCAUUAUUUAGAUUAUGGUUGUGUUUUACUACUGACAUCAGGUAAGGACUGCCAGAAAAAUGUUGCAAUGUGUGGCUCCCUUGAUUUCAUUAACUGAUUGUGAUUACUUUUACAUUUUAAAAAAUAGUCUGUUGUGCAAUUUUUGAUAUGAAUGGAAAGAAUGCUGAUCACUUGUUUCGUUUUUGUUCUGAAAGCACUGUUGAGUUGUCUUAGUUGGUGCCUGCUUCUUCAGUGUAUAGACAGGCUUUUAUAACAUGCUUUGAGAUUCAAAUGAAAAUGUUACCUGGUGUAGUAAAACAGAUACUGUGACUUAAGUGCAGAUUAAAAAAACAAAUACUUUUUGCCUUCAUUAAAAGCUCUUCUUUCUUUGGAGGGGGAGGAGGGGGUUCAUUAACACUGCUUGGAUUUGAGAGACCAUGACAUUCUUCUGCAUUAUAAGCAGGCCGUGAAUUAAUUUGUGUGUUGUGAAGAUCAGUUGCUUCAAUAUGUUGUUUUUUAUUCCUGUUUCAUUCUCUCUUUCCCCUGCCCCUAGCAGGGAGGCACAAAAAAUGUAAACCACUGUCAGUAACUAUAGUAGAUUAUAUCAUGCACCAGCACUAUAAAGACUCUGAGGUCCCGAAAAGCUGUUCAGAUACAUGAGAAUUACUUUAGAAUUAUGAAUAGUUCAAAAUAAUUCAUUAUAGCUUAAUACUUGUGGAUAAGGGAAUGCUACAUUGUAUUUCUUUCCUAGGAAAGUACAGGUUGUGUGAAUCACACUACAAAACCAACUGUACCAGUGGCUUCAGUAAGCAUCCAUUGCAGCUUUCCUCCAUAUAUGUUGCUUAACUUACCAAAACAUAGGAAAGAAAAUUUGCAGUGGCAGUGAUAUAACUCAGUAAAUCUAGUAAUGCUUGAAUGCAUGCCUUUCUCUGUGGGCAGCAGUCCUGAGCACUCAGCAGCAUUGCUUCCGGACAACACUUUGGUGUCUUGUUGUUCACCUAAAUUAUUUCAGUGUUAGUGGGGAUGCUUCUGAAUGUCUUGGAGGAAUUUCUGUUAAAAUUUAAGGUCUGUGCGAGUUCUUCAUAUUUCAGUACAGCUGUUGGAUCCUCAAGAAAAUUGGAAGAGAAGGAGGAAUUAAGUGGCUGACAAUAACUCGGUUCUGAGGGGAUGGAUAGCAGGUACUCUCAGCAGGUCUUUGCAUUUUAAAGAAAUAAAGCGUGACAGCUUCUCAGUGUGACUCUUUCAUGCACAAGAAGACAAAUGCCAAGUUAACCUGAGUAAAUGGGCACAAAAGCAGCAGUGAUAAAUCUUGGCGCUUAGGCAAUUGGACCAUGAAAAUGGAAUCUUAGGCAAUCAGAUAAACACUGGGCACCAAAUACAAAAAAAUCACAUGCACCUGAGCUUUUGGUUUUUCAAAUGGAAAUCCAAUGCGUUAUUUGUAAAAAAGCAAGAACAGUUCGUGAAGGAGUGCUCUGUUCUAAGAGCUGUUUGCCUCCUAUUCUUCUCUGCUGUGCUCUUUCCCACGCUGCCUUGAUGCUUUGCAGAUUUUGGAUUUAUCCUCUGUAACAGUGUUUAUAGCACCUGUGUACUGAAUGUAAAAUGCAAGAGUUCUAGUCGUAUGGUAGCAAGGGACCUGAGCCUCUACUUAUGGAGGUAACCUACAACAUAUAAUCUAACAUACUUGAACAUUUGUUUAGGGUAGAGUUGCUUCUGUCAGUGUCUGUUGUGGCUUGGUAAGCUGCUGUGCUACAUCUUGUAAAAAAAUGGGAUGUAUGUAUGGGACCUUACACUAGAAAUAAAACUGUGAAAGCCACUAUUUAAUGUGUUUGAGAUGUUUGGAGAAAGGAAGUCAUAGCUCUAAAGAGAUGUUUGUGGAAGCUGGUAUAUAUGUUAUUUUCUUUUCCCCUACCCAUGGAAGAUAAUUUCUAAUUUUUUUUCUAAUAUUCAAAUCAGAAAGUAAAAUAAUCGUGUCAUCACUUCCCUGCGUUUGCGUUCUGGGUAAGUCCUUAAAAGUGGAAGUGACGUAUGUUGGACUAAAACAAUCAAGCUUCAUUCAUUCUUUUCCCCUGUUCUCUUUUUUCUUGCUUCUACUCUUGCUUUCAGUGUCAACCUAUUCUUUUUUUCUGACUUUUACUGUUAAAAACUUGUAGUAAGGACAAAGAUGUGGAGUCACGUGUUUAGACACAGAAUCUAGUCCCACCUGUCUUCUGGUUUUAGUUCUCAGAGUACAUUUCCAGCCAUGGAAUUUGGAUUUUGCUAUAUUAAUAGAAGUAAAUGCAAUCAAACUUGUGUCUGAGAUUUAAGUUCUUGACAAUCAUAUAAUAUACUUGCACUUGCAUGAAAUACUAGGAAUUAGAAGGCAGAUCAACUGUAAAUAUAUAUUUCCACUUUGCUGGCCCUACUGAAGUGAAGAGAGACUAUUCAGUGUGGACUCUGGACUCUGCAGCUGAAUCUGAUCAUGCAAUUUUAGGGUCAGGUUGUCUCUCUUGACCAUUAUGCACCCCUUAGAAGUAUUGCAGAAUUUAUGUGGAGAUUUCUUUUCUAUCUCUAGUGGUAGACUUUUUUUAAGGCUAGAUGAAAGGAGAAAAUACAUUGUCUUGGGUUUCUUCUUUUGCUGUGUAAGCUAAUACAGUUGUCUAUGUAUAGAUAAUGCGUUUGUUAUGUUUCCUAGCAUUGCUUUGUUGACAUGAUUUUUUUUUUUUUUUGUAUUUUUAAGCUCACAUUUUAAACUUCAAUCAGUGGUUAUUUUAGUAGGUAAUAAAGAUGAUAAAAUACUCCCUGACAAUAUGUGGCAAGCUCGUGAAACAGCAGAUGAUUAUGUUGCAUUUUCAGCAUCUGGAUACAAAACUUAUAGCAGCAUAGUGCUGUGUUUUUCAAAUAUGUUUCUUAUUUGCUUCAUAAAUGCUCUCUUGGUUCUCUGUCUGCCAUCAGUGAGCUACUGAUUCUUUGGGGGAAGUGGUAAAUUCAAAUGUUUUUGAGGAAUUGCCUGCAUGGAGUUAUUUUUCAAUGAUUUUAUGGCUGUUUCAUCAGGUGCUUUUAUGUAUCAGGGCAAAAGCAAUCAUAGGUGGGGAGAAGGAAAUGUCUGAAAUAAUUGAUCUUUAAGCUUGGGCCUUUUAGUUGAUAUCUAUCUGAUAAAAUCUAAAGUGCUGAGCAUCCUCAUACAUUCAUUAAAGAUUGGCUAGAAGAAAGUGUUAACAAGGCAUGAAGCACUUCUAGGCAUAAUAGAACGUGUUUUUAACAUAGACUUCUUGGCACAAAUGGUUAUGUGCAAAUGUAAUUCUAGCUGGAUUUUAUCCAUUUAGUUUUUAGGGGGAAAAAAAAGGUGAUUUUAACUGGAUUUAUACUACAGCUUUAUAUCAUCACCCUUAAAAUAGUGCCUGGCACAAUAUUAGUAUUUAAUACUUCAGUUCUCCAGUUUCCUACAGUCUCCUCAGUUGCUGCACACACUUGUAAUUCUGGAGUAAAUGCAGUGGUGAAACAAGUCAUAGUUUUUAAGGCUGGAUAGGGCUGUUAUGUGCUUUGCAAGAUGGAGGCCAUAAAUUCUGAUGGAAUUUGUGAUAACUUGCUUGUCAGGAUGGGGUUGUUUUGGCAGCUAACUUAAAAACUUGAAUCAGUAGACAGUGUAUUGCAUCUUCUGACAAGGAUAAAGGUAGCCUAUAAAAGUUGUCUGUUACAGGCUAAUGUAUGUUUUAAAAAAACCCUAUAAUAUAUGGUUAACUACUGCAAAGUGAUAAAAAAUAGAUAAACUGCAUUUUCAGAAUGUGUUUAAAAGUUAUUUACUCACUAUUUAGUUUCUUUUCUGCUUUUCCCUGCAGUACAGCCUACUUGCAUUUCAAAGACCUAACUUUAAUUGUGUUUAGUAACUUUCCUAGAGAUAAGACCUUGUCUCAGGUGUGAAAAUGACCUUUGUUUGCUUUUCCUUCCCUGCGACAAGGUGUCUAGAGGGAAAGGCAUAUCUUGCAGUUUAUUCUGGGGAUCUGGCAGAGCUAAGUUGGAGACAAGAUCGAUAUCCUAUGCAGUUCUUACUGAGAAUGUCCUUGUUAAACCCUGCAGCAAUAUAACCUGUUCAUCUAAGGCACUUCGUCUGAUCAUACGUCAACAAAUCUCUUAGUGAGGAAAGCUAUCUAAAUAAGUAGUACCUAUUUUCUUAUUCCUAAGGAGGGGGAAAAAAAAGGAUACUCUAUGCUUCUUAGACUCUUAUUUUACUUGUUAUUGAAAUUCUAGCAGUGCUGGUGUAGGACAAUGUAGAGAAGCUACCAGCAGUUUGUCAUUUAUUCUAGAUCAGGUCUAUUCAUUGGACAUGACUUUAUUUCGCAGAUCAGCACCAGCCUGUCUGCAGUCAUUUUUUCAACUGCAUUUGACCCCUCUGGAGCUGAAGUUUUGCUAGUAAUACCGAGAAAAAUUAAGAAAAGAGACCCACCCAAUGGAGGAAGAAUGGAGAGAGCAUAAUAUAUGGAAGACCAAUGUUAUGCUCUCCUGCUAACACUAGAAGAUACCUAGCAUGUUCCAGGCAUCAGUGUUAAACUACUGAAAAAGUCAAACUGGGUACUUUGGUGGUGAAUCCUUAAUCAGAGUAUGAGAUUUGGAAGGCCUGAAAUGGUAAGGUGUUUAUAUAUUUGUAAGUGUUCUUACCUUCACUGUAGGGUAAUUCUAACUGUGUAGUAUAAAAUAGCUGGAAUUCAGGUUUGUGACGUGGAUAUUUAGUUGAGCAUGAAAGGAAGACAAAAAGCUCAUCUUUCUCUCAAAUGUUAAUGUGUCUUGGUACUGUGAAGAUCAAGAAAUGGUUCAAACACUCUUCAGUAGAGGCAAAUGUUAAAAUGGUGAAGAAUUAGUAAAAACAGCUAUGCAUUAUAUUUACUAAGACAUCCUGAGAAGUUCUGACUGCUGCUAUUAAAAUGUUAAUAGCAUUAGUAAAAGCUUGGCAUGGAUUUUGCACCCGUCACUGCCAGAAGCACAAGGGCUUAUGAUUAGAGUACCCUGUGCAUUCAUCCAGUGGUUCCAGUUAGAACAGCCUUUUCAUGAAUUUAGAUCCAGUGAAAGUAGCCCGUACAACACAUUGAAAUGCCUGGAAUGUUGCUGUAUUUUCUACCAUUUGUUAAUUUAAAUGAAAUCAUUAAUAAUGGACCUUUUGUUCUGCUUGUUGUGGGGAGCCUAGUGUUUGUUGCUUUUUUUUUUUUUCCCUCAGUUCAAAGAAAAUAAAGUUGAGGUGACAAGUUUCUCCCAGUGGUAUUGAGGGUGGAAUGCGUGGCUGUGGCUGCCUAAUGGCAACAGUUUCUCCUUUCUGUUAUUAACUUCACUUUCCUCAGGAAUCCUUGGCCUUUGCCUUUUUAUUCUCCCUUUCCCCCCCCCCACAUCCCUCCCUCCCUCCUCCCUCCCCCGCUCCGAAUUUCAUGUUUUCAGUAUAAACUAUAGUCAGCAGCAAGAGCCUGAAUGGAGAGGCAGUCUCUAAAACAAGAGGAAACGUACAAAAAAAAAAAGAAAAGCACAUUACAGAUUAGUUUUGAUAUAUCAGUGAGCAGACAGCUCAUGAAGGCCCUGUCGUAGCCAAAACAAAGAGCACAGGAAGAUUUGUAGUGAUUGCACAUUGCAGAUUAACCCAGAUCCCGCAACAAUGAUUUGAUGGGUAAGUGGACAUAGGAUUUGCUGUACUAGGUCUGAUGACCAGUCCUGUUGAUGUGUUUGCUUCUGAAAGUGACAAGUUCCUUAUGCUUCCCAAGAAGAUGAAAGCAUCCACUAGUAGUGCCACUUACUCCCUUUACAGGGUGCUGUGUAGGAGAGGGGUGUUUGAUUUCUGCAUCAGUGAUUUCUAACCUUUCUUUUCUUGCUGUUACCAGAGUGUUGUUGCCUCCAUCCCUUUUGGCUUUCUGUGCUUUCCCCUUCCUGUAUGCUCCCAAACAGUAUUAUCAUAGUUGUCAUCCCACUUCCCUGCAGACAUUCACCUUUCUCCUUACAGCUUUGGCUUUGUUUCCUUCUGUGGCCCAAGGGGCCAUCAUUUCUUUCUGCUUGCAACAUGAAGAACCUGAGAACUAGGUGGGAUCCGGCUGAUGAUGAUGUGUGUUGGCCCUGCAGGGAACCGGCGAAGGCUGGCAGAAUGUGCUAGUUGAAUUCUGUGCUUGUGCUUCUCACUACCUGUGCUUUGGGUGCAGCUCCUGAUUUAGAAUUAGUCCUGCAGAUAACCAUUAUGUUUGUAUAUUAUGAAUGUGUACAGAUGUUAUUAAUGGGUGUUACCUGCACAAUUAAAGAUUGAAAUAUCCUCA